UGUAGGGACAUUUCGGAUGACGGAAUAAGAAAUGUCAUUUGGUGUUUUCAAAUUAUCUUUGAAGCAAAGGCGUACAUUGGGAUUUCUAUUCAACGGAUUGAACUUCCUACAGAUACUUCUUGGCCUCUCCAUUACGUCAACAUCUGCCUAUAUGGUUUUAUACUUUGCUCCAAUUUUAUACUCGGAAAGAUCUGAAAUUAACUUCGUUUUCGUCGUAACUGGAAUAUAUGGGACCCAUGUUCUUUUGCAUUACGUUAUGGGCAUCAAAAUUUGCGAGAAAUGUUUGAAUCAACCGCAGAAAAAGAGUACCAGUGGUUUGCUUCUACUGUGGACAUGUGCAGGAGGUAAUAUUCUCCUCAACUUAAUGAUUCUUUGUUCGAUUUUACGAAAAGUCAGUAAGUACAUUAUUCGUUCGAUGAAGCACUCCCUUCAGCAUGGUAUGAGGAAUUAUUUAAAAGAUACUGUAUGGAAGGAAACCAUUGAUAAGCUUCAGUAUCAGCUUGAAUGCUGUGGGAUUAGUGGUUAUCAAGAUUGGUAUGAUUUAGAAUGGCUAACGAAAUACCACUACAAUGCGAACUCUGAUGUGAUCAAAAAGCUAAAAAGUGAAUCGGAGACAAAUAGUCUAGAAGUAUUGCCAUGGAGUUGCUGUAAAGUUGAUUUUCCAAUGCAGUGUCUACAUGAUCCAAUACAGCAAACACAAUCAGUUCAUAUUUGGUCCGAUGAACCCACCAUAGUGACCAGUUCCAUAAAUACAGAAGGAUGUCUUCAAUAUCUUAAAGCACCAAUAGAAAAAGCAAUAAUUUCUUUCAUUAUCACUACAGUUCUGAUUAUUGCGUUUCAAUUAUUCAUAUUUCUGAUUUCAAGAAUUUUGUACACUUCGGCAAGAAAUGCUCUUCUGCUUGAAGACCCGUAUGGUGUUGCCCCAGGAUGGCUUUUUGGAAGAGGUGAUUGUGGAUAUACAGGGGGAAAAUCUGUGGCUGAAAUAAUGGCUGAAAACGAAACAAGUGGGGAAACAACAGAAAGCUCCAACAGGAGUUCUUCACCAAAGUCUAGAAAAAAAGAUAAAUACAGUAAACGAAGUAAGAAAAACGAAACAACAAGUGAAGAAGGAACUGAAACAAAUCUAAUAAGCUCACCAGAACCGAGUAGAAGUGGGAAAACAAGUGGAAAAACCAAAAGAAAAAAAAGAACAAGAACAUCAUCUGAUGAAGAAAAAGUUUGAUUGUAUAAAUUUAUUGGUUUUAAGAAUAAUUUACAAACACACUUAAGAAGAAAAUUUUAUUAAGAAUAACCUGCUAUAAUACAAAAUAAAGAAUUGUUUUGGAUAAAAUGAAUGCAGUUUUUUGAACCUCAUGAAGUUUCAGAUAACACAAAGGGUGAACUGGUAUCG